GGGGGUGAAACUUAGGCUGUCCCCUCUCCUUCAAGGCUUCAACGCCUUCCCCUGCGCUUCCUCCCCUACAUUCUUUCCCUUCUUUAUCCCUUAUUCGUCGUUCCUGCUCCCUCCCCUUUCACAAGCUCCGCCCAAGUGACCGUCAUCUGCGAUCGGGUACUGUAUUCAUUGGCCGUGGUGUUGUUCCAGCUGAAUUCUGAACUGAUACUAAAGUUUCUGAUACUUUUCAAGUGUACUCGUUUGCCGUUCCUGAUACAGGCGCGUAUCAGUGCCAAAGUAUCAGGUUGAUACUUUUCGACCCACCUCUAAAUUUUCGGCAUCUGUCACAACCUGAUACUGAUACAGCAUUGUACCAUGUUACAAGUCUCUGAUACUUCUGUAUCAGACGGUCCCAGGUGGAAACAAAGCUCCGCGUACGCAGACCGUGCGACCGGAAGGAGAAUCUGAUACAUUAUUUAUCACGCCUGGUAAUUCUCUACCUCUGAUAUUCUCAUGCCCGCCUGAUACCACCAGUAUCAAUCAGUUCGACAUUCACUGCAGUUCGUCCUGGCCGUGUAUCACCAUGUUGCGGGCUGUCAUGCUUUGUAGUGAAUUCUGAACUGAUACUAAAGUCUCUGAUACUUUUCAAGUGUACUCGUUUGCCGUUCCUGAUACAGGCGCGUAUCAGUGACAAAGUAUCUGGAUGAUACUUUUCGACCCACCUCUACUUGGACCUCAUUUCAGUACUGGUGAAUAUUACAGGCUGAAGACAACAGAUUAUCCAUACCCUUCGCAGAUUCAAAAGGAAUGCAAUUAUCUACCUACAACACAGAAAACGGUUCUUGAAUCUUUCAAGAGGACUUGAACCCAUUACUCAUUUAGUAAUGUACCUCCUUUAUGAAGGUGGGCGUCACUCGUUUCUCAGACGUCAACUCACUAGCGACUUGCUACCUACAGAUGCAGGGCUCAAAGCUGCAAGCCCCGGGCUGCGUCCCGGCGGACCUGGAGGCGGACGACUACGACGAGUCGUCCACGUCGUACGACGACGAGAGGCCGGAGGCGACGACGACGACGACGACGACGACGUCGUCGCGGGACGAGGCGGACCGCGAGUUCCACCCGGGGCAGCUGAGGAUCAUCGGCGGCGAGGAGGCCGAGGACAGCCAGUUCCCCUACAUCGUGUCGCUCAGGUGGCAGGGCUCGCACUUCUGCGGGGGGUCAGUCAUCUCCGCAAGGCACGUGCUGACGGCCGCCCACUGCAUGGACGCCGUGGAUCCCAGCGAAGUGUACGUAGUCAUGGGGACCACUUCAUUGGCCAACAUCGUUUAUUUAGCAACCAUCGAGAAGUCAAAAAUACACGAACAUUAUGACAACUCGAACUUCCAAAACGACAUCGCACUUUUAAAGCUGUCGGCCAACGUGACCUUGGACGGCAAGCGCAUCGCCAGCGUCCAGAUGAGGACCGACUCCGCCGAGCUCGGCGAGAACUGCGUGGUCAGCGGGUGGGGAGUGCCCGACCAGGUCAGCAACAGCGUGUCUCCUGAGCUGCGGUACGUGGAGGUGCCGGUGACGUCAUGCGGGCUCUACAGCGCCAUGAUCCUGCCCGGCAUGGUGUGCGCCGGCUUCAGGGAGGGGGGCAAAGACGCGUGCCAGGGCGACUCGGGAGGCCCGCUGGUGUGCGGAGGUCUGCUGACCGGCGUGGUGUCGUGGGGAUACGGCUGUGCCGAGGAGAACUACCCCGGCGUGUACACGGAGGUGGCGCACUUCCGCGACUGGAUCGCCGACGCCAUUGCCGAGUUCGACUCCUCCAUGGCCGGCCACCUGUCAGCCGCGUCGCUCUUCACGUCGCUGCUCUGCCUGAGCGCUGUCCUCGCAUGACACAGAAUCACCCUGAAACAUAUAUGUACUUGCAGCGCGCUGCCCUCACCUGAUACAGAACCACGUGGAUACUUCUACUUAAAGCGCGUGGCAUGUUGGCCUGUUCCAGAACCACCUUAAAUCUUCUACCUGCAGCGCGCUGCCCUCGCCUGAUACAGAACCACGUUGAAACUUCUACUUGCAGCGCGCUGUUUACGCCUGAUUCAGAACCACGUGGAUACUUCUACUUAAAGCGCGUGGCCUUUGGCCUGUUCCAGAACCACCUUAAAUCUUCUAAUUGCAGCGCGCUGCCCUCGCCUGAUAAAGAACCACGUUGAAACUUCUACUUAAAGCGCGUGGUAUUUUGGCCUGUUCCAGAACCACCUAGAAUUUUCUACUUGCAGCGCGCUGCCCUCGCCUGAUACAGAACCACGUUGAAACUUCUACUUAAAGCGCGUGGCAUUUUGGCCUGUUCCAGAACCACCUUGAAUCAUCUACUUGCAGUGCAUGACCCUUGACUGACCCAGAGCCACUAAGAAUCUUUCACUUGUAGUGCGUGACUUUGGAAUACACAGAACCACCUUGAAAAAAUCUACUUGCAUUGUGUGGUAUUGUGUUGACCCGGAACCACCAAAAUACGUCUACUUGCAGCACGUUGCUCUUGCCUGGUACAGAACCACCUUGUUGCCUCCACUCGUUCCUGUAACACUGCGGCCACCGCUAGGGAACAUCGCUAGUCGAGAGGAUGGACCGUUGAAUGGAACGUCGUGCUUUCAAUCCAAGGCCAAUGACGUGAGAACGCAAGUGCUCAGAACCAAAAGCGGAGUUCCCGAUGUCUCUAUUCGAUAGUUGCAGACGGCAGGCAUGUCUGUUGAAGCCGCGAACACGCAAACACACAUGUAUUCGAGGGUUAGCUUAACUUCACAGUGGAAACGUUAUGUAUCCUUCCGUUUAAAAACCUUGUAUUUGAAUUAUAGUCGUAAAAAUUACAUCACCGAAAUACUACGAAAAUUUAACUGCUGAGAAUGAGCGAUAGUUGAUAAUUAACAACACAUUUGACCGUAAAUAUGAACUUAGAAUAAACUCCCUGGUAAUGAGUCCCUCUCAUUUUAAGCUCUGCGUCGAUGGAAAGUUUUCCUGGCACUUAAUGUGUAUCCGGGAAAAGUUUCGAAUCUCUAUGGAAUCACUGCGUGUUUCAAAGACCAUGCAGUCGGUUGCGAGGUCUCCUAUUAAGGGCGUUACAGCGGCAACCAACUGGCUACCAACGGGAUAGGUGCAGACGAAGCAAAUUAAGUGGAAUUUGUUUCUCGUGGGCGACCAAUACCAACGGAUGGAGCCUUUUAUCUCGAGAGGAAAGCUUAGACGUGAUGGUAUGUGUAUUAAUGCUCUUGUUGGUACUUAUAAUGGACCGAGAAAUGGUUAAAUUUGCAUAUGUUGGAAAGAGUCAAUCAUGUUAUUCGGCUUGAAAACACUAAAAUUCGGAAAUUCUGUAAAAACUAAAAAUAUUUAAGGUGAUGCAAGGGAUAGCAAGUGCUUGUACGAAAUAUUUUUCUGAGUCUAAUACCAAUUUAUUUCUUUGCAUCUAAGCUGUUUAAUAGCUUUUGCAAUUUUGAGCAAACCUUUUUUAAACUUUUUUUCAAAACGCUAAAAACAAUUAUUACUCUUUGACGAUAAGAAUAUAAUCAUAGGAUUAUUCAUUUGAUGAGUUAUAUAACUAUUUAAAACUAAUUUCAGCUCCAAAAUGAAACAAAUGAUAAAAGGUGCACUGUUUAAAGUUACUGAUAAAAUGAAUUCGGAUUAAAUAUAAUACCGUAAAUUUUUUUUGUAAUUAUUUAUUUAUUUUUGUAAGUGAUAUGUAUUACAUUACAAUAAAAUAACAUUUAAUAUUUUA